UAUCUGUGUUCUAUGGAUCGUUUGUUUUCUGAAGUCUUUGUGAAAUGAAAUCUUGUUAAAUCCACUUUAAUCUUAAAUUUGAGUUAAUAUAAUUUUGUGAAAAAUGUCCAUGUUUCCAGGAACUGUGGCAUUUGACGAAUUUGGUCGUCCAUUUAUCAUAUUAAGGGAUCAAGAAAACCAAAAACGGCUAACCGGUAUCGAUGCCUUAAAGUCGCACAUUCAAGCUGCUCGGCAGAUUGCUAGCAUUCUACGCACAUCCCUUGGUCCACGAGGUUUGGAUAAAAUGAUGGUCUCAUCUGACGGUGAAGUGACAGUCACCAAUGAUGGGGCAACAAUACUUAAACUGAUGGAUGUGGAACACCAGAUUGGAAAACUGAUGGUACAGCUUGCUCAAAGCCAAGAUGAUGAAAUUGGAGAUGGCACAACCGGUGUUGUUGUAUUGGCAGGUGCACUUUUGGAACAUGCAUCUAACCUCUUGGACAAAGGUAUUCACCCUAUCCGUAUAGCAGAUGGUUUUGAAUUGGCUGCCGCCACGGCUCUAGCUCACUUGGAUGGCAUCAGUGAAGCCUUCCCCGUUAACAAGAACACAAGGGAACAUCUUAUUAAGGUGGCAAUGACCACUCUUGGAAGCAAAGUCGUUGUUAAGUGUCACAGACUGAUGGCUGAAAUUGCUGUUGAUGCCAUUCUCUCAGUAGCAGAUCUCGAGAAGCGAGAUGUCAACUUUGAGCUGAUCAAAGUGGAAGGCAAAGUAGGUGGACGUAUGGAGGAUUCUAUGCUGGUUCGAGGAGUAGUCAUUGAUAAAACAAUGAGCCACCCACAGAUGCCUAAAGUUUUAAAGGAUGUAAAAUUAGCGAUCCUCACAUGCGCGUUCGAACCCCCAAAGCCCAAGACCAAGCAUAAGCUCCACGUUGGAUCCGCCGAGGAGUACAGAGAUCUGCGCAAGUAUGAGCAGGAAAAGUUCUUAGAGAUGGUGAAGAGAGUCAAGGUUGCUGGAGCAAAUCUCGCCAUUUGUCAAUGGGGUUUCGACGACGAAGCUAACCACCUUCUGCUGGCAGAACAGCUCCCAGCAGUCCGUUGGGUCGGAGGGCCUGAAAUGGAACUGAUAGCUAUAGCUACCGGUGGAAGAAUCGUGCCUCGCUUUGAAGAGCUUACUCCAGACAAGCUUGGUUCUUGUGGCCUUGUGAGAGAGCUUACAUUUGGUACAUCAAAAGAUGAGAUGCUGGUCAUCGAACAGUGCUCCAACUCGCGUGCGGUGACGGUGCUGGUGCGCGGCGGGAACCGCAUGAUCGUGGAGGAGGCCAAGCGCUCCGUACACGACGCGCUCUGCAUCGUGCGCAGUCUUGUGCAGGACUCACGAGUUGUGUAUGGAGGUGGAGCAGCGGAGGUGUCAUGUUCCCUCGCUGUAGCUAGAGCUGCUGAUAAGCUGUCUUCUCUCGACCAGUAUUCGUACAGAGCUUUCGCUGAUGCACUGGAGGCUGUUCCUCUUGCACUGGCAGAGAAUAGUGGUUUAUCACCUAUCGACACUCUGUCUGAAGUUAAGGCAAGACAAGCUGCUGAAAACAACAGCAAUCUUGGCGUUGACUGCAUGGGAAAUGGUUCAAAUGACAUGAAGGCAAUGAAUGUUAUUGAGUCGCUUCACUCGAAGAAACAGCAAAUAGCCCUCGCAACACAACUUGUUAAGAUGAUUCUCAAGAUUGAUGAUGUACGUUCACCGGCUGAUGGUGUUCAUUGAUGAGUUUACACUAUAUGUAGCUUUAUUCCUAUUAAACAAUAAUAUAACAUUUGUGGAACAGAUGUCUUAAGUUUUGCAUUUUAUUAGUGUACUGUACAACAUCGACCCUUCCUGAAACACUUCUUGUGGAUGUGUGCUUUCAUUUCUAAGCCGAAAUAACUCAGUGGAUAGAACAAAGAUCGAAAUUCACGGGUUUGAAUCGUAGCACUGCUAGGUUUCAUGUAUGUAGUAAAGAGGGGGAGGUCGGUUGGAGUUGCCAUUCAGCUAUCAACAAUAAAAUUUUAUUUAUAUAUUAUAGGUUUUUGUUACUAUACAGUAUACAUGUAUGCAUUCAAGUAUUAUAUAUGUUAUAUAUUAUUCUAUAUUCAACAUUCAAAAAUGUUAAAUAUAUAAUGAAUUAAUCAUUUUUACAAAUGUAAUAUUAUAGUUUAACUAGAAUAUAUGCAUACAAGUUGGGAUUAAAAUGUCUAGCUUUUAAGGUACUAUGUACUGUACUAAAUAAUAUUUUAAUUUAAUGUUUAUUUUAACAUGUUCGGUAUUAAUAAGCUUUGAUCACAAAACAUUUUAUUUUAUGCGGUACCAAAUAACUGCUAAUAAACGAAGCAUUAAUUUGAAAUUUGUUUUAUGUUUCUAUUAAACAGUAUUUUUUUAAGCCACCUUGGGCAUCACUGAUAAAACCGUUACAUUCUUGAUAUAGAUUUAUUAUAACAAGCUUAUAAUUAACUCUUUACAUUUGUGAUGGUCAAAAUCUUGUAACAGACUGUAUAUCCAGUUUCACUUAACACAUUGAGCUGCAAUUUUGCACUUUUUUUGUUGCUGGUAACAAUAUCAUAUAAAAUACAUUUUAUUUGUAUUAUUGGAAUAAAAGUUUGAUUUUAAUGUCUUA